GUACGUUGCGGAGUUCGGUAAGGUGAGGCGAGGCUUCAGUAUUGGAAUUUCUGACCACGCUUCUCUCACAGUUGCCCAAGAAGACACAUGAAGGUGGCAUUGCAAAACUCAAGUCUUCGUGCGGUGAUUAACCGUUUCUGGUAGACGCUCGCUGCGGUGCAACGCAAGGCGCGUAGCCGUUGUUCUACUCUCCACCCCUUCUUGCUGUUUCGUUUGUCCGUCUCUUGUGCUCUCUCGCUCUCUCACAUGAGUUGACGUUUCGAGAGGACGCAAACACAUCCACACGCGCUCGACUGCAGGCGGUUUCUUUACCCACGUGCACGGUUGAACUCUCGAAGAUACACAUACGUACAUAUAUAUAUACUAACAGUCAGACUUUGUUUACCAGAUAUUCGCACGUUCGGUGUGCGCGCGUGUGUGUGAGGUUUAUCGUUCUCCUCUUCUAUUUCUUUUCAUUCCUUGAGGUCCUCUUGUCGCUUCCUUCUGUGACUUGCAUCGUGGCAAGGCCGCAAAGACACCUCGGAACACGACGCAACCUACGCACCUACAAAAGCAGCCAAUUAUGGCGGCAAUUUCUACAGAGGAACUGCUCAAGGUGACGCUGGGCAAAAAGCUGGGCGCCGGUAGCUUCGGCUCCGUCUUUGUAGGUGUCCUGCCCAGCGGACGCUUUGUUGCGGUGAAGGUGCUGGAGUUGUCGGACGACGCGCCGUCCAACACGGAGGUGGAAAUCCACCGCAAGCUGGCGCACCCUAACAUUAUCCGCUAUCUGCACAGCCGCAUCGAUGCCGAGAGCACGCCGAAGAAGCUGUACGUCUACUUGGAGUUCGUGACGGGCGGCUCGGUGACGUCGCUGAUGAAGAGUCUCCCGCACGCGUGUUUGCCGUACCCGGUGGUGCGCGUCUACGCCCGCCACAUCUUCCUCGGACUGGAGUAUUUGCAUAGCAACCAGGUGGCGCACCGCGACAUUAAAGGCGACAACAUUCUCAUCUCGAUGGACACCGGCACGGCUAAGCUGGCCGACUUUGACCAGGCAAAAAUCAUGAACACGCACAGCACCCUGCGCAAGGCGGCGACAGCAACGUUGGCGGGCACGCCGUACUGGAUGGCGCCAGAGGUGAUCACUGACGAGGACGGCUACGACCCCUUCAAGGCGGACAUCUGGUCUGCUGGCUGCACCGUGGCAGAGAUGAUCACCGGGCGCACGCCCUGGACGCCGAUGGCAAACGUGAUGCACAUUAUGAAUAAGCUGGCGCUCUCGACUGGGUGGCCCGACGCGGUGCCGAGGGACCCCAACGUUCUCGGGUCGCAGGAUGCGUACAACUUUUUAGACUUGUGCUUUGAGCGCAACGUCUCGAAGCGGCCGCCGGCAGCCACCCUUCUCAAGCAUCCAUUCUUGCAGGUGUAA